AAAAAAUAUGUACUAAUUACAUCAUUAAUUAUCAGUUGGUGAUUUAAAACUGAGUGGGGGGUGUUGUUGUUGCCUGGUGGUUAAUUUUUGAUAAAUAUUAUCAAAGUACGUUUCGCUUUGGAGUAAUACGUGAUAAAAAAAUGUCAAACUUAGGUUACUUUAAAAAUUGUUUUUUACUAUUUAGUAGUUUUUACUAACAACUAUAUGCCAUCUAUAUAACGUGUUUAAUUAAAUGUUAAUAAUAUCAUAACUAUAUGAACUGUAAAUUAUAUAAUAUUUUUAAAUUUUAAAUAGAUUACAAAAUGUUAAACCCUCUUAUUUAUGGCGUUGAGUUUCAGGCAAGAUCAUUAUGUUCACUGCAUGCUGAUGUGGAUCAAGUAAGUUUUUUAAUUGGAACACAGUCAUUGAACACAUCUAAUCAAGUGCAUCUCGUAAAACUGCAAGAAGAUACCAAUACUUUAUGUCCACAAAUAUAUGAUCACAGCAGUGGUGAAAUAUGGUCCUUAGCAGCUUCUCCUACAGACAAGCGUUUAAUAUCUACUUGUUAUGCAAGUAUAGAACGAGAUUGUGAAAAACAUACAGCUCUAUGGAGACUUCCAGAAAAUGAUGGUCAUUUAGAAAAUGUCCUUAGUUUUCCGUCCGAGAAGUAUGGUACUGAUAUUAAGGUGACUACAUUUCAUCCUACAAAUGAAGCAUUUAUGGCAUCUGUUAUUGAUAAUAAUAUAGUAAUGUGGGAUGUUGGUCAAAGUGGAGUUAAAAUUGUAUGUACUGCAGUAUUAGAUGGUAAAGGUCAACCAAGGUUUACUACAGGAAAGUGGAAUCCACAAAGUGUUAAUUUACAAUUUAUUACUGCUGAUGAUUGUAACAUUAAAGCUUGGGAUUUAAGGUCACAGGCCAAAAUUGCUUGGAGUUUGGAUGGAGUUCAUACUCAAAUUAUUAGAGAUUUUGAUUUUAAUCCAAAUCGUCAAUAUUAUAUGGCAACAUGUGGAGAUGAUGGGUAUUCCAAAUUCUGGGACAUACGUAAUUCUAGUCAACCAUUAAUAUCUCGAGCUGAUCAUUCUCAUUGGAUUUGGUCACUCAGGUACAACCCAGUGCAUGAUGAAUUAAUUGGAACAGCUUCAAGUGAUGGUCAGGUUCUCAUUACACGUUUAGUUGGAAUUUCUUCUUCAGCCAUUGAAAAUGAAGAUCUAAAAACUAAAACUUCCAUUGAAGAUAAAAUAGUUGCUACGUGUGAUCAGCAUGAAGAUUCUGUGUAUUGUGUUGAAUGGUCAUCUGCAAAUUCAUGGAUACUUGCAUCUCUAAGUUAUGAUGGUCGUUUAUUACUUAACAAAGUACCAAAAGACGAACAGCUUAGAAUAUUAUUAUAAAUAAACUAUCUAAAUUAUACAUUCCAACUGAAUAAAAUGUUAUUAUAAAGAGCUUUGAAACACUAUGGUUUUGAAGAAAUUAACUAACAAACCAUUGUGGAAACUAAUAUUUAUUGUACAAGUUAAUGUUUCUUAAA